AAAAACGAUAAAUUUUUGAUUGAUGUUCGAUUAUUUAGAUAUAUAACAGACGCUUUUAUCUAAUUAUUUUUAUUUGUUGUAUGAAAUUUCAUCCAAAAAAUAAUGAAAAUCAUCCCAUUUACAUUAUUUAUCGCUACAUGCUCCUUAACAAUAGCAUCUGAAGUCAGAUAUGACAACUUCACGCUGUACAGACUCAUUCCUAAAAGUUUAUCCGAAGUUAACAUUCUAACCGACCUGGAAACUUCUCAUUUGGGCGGGUACGAUUUCUGGACGCAUCCCAAAGAUGUUGGCGUAUCCGUCGAUGUUUUGGUAUCACCUGAUAAGAAAAGUAGCAUUAAAGACAUGAUGAAUAGCAAUAAUAUCCAAUAUGAAGUUGUAAUUGAGAAUGUUCAAGAGAAGAUCGAAGAAGAAGCAAAAUUGAACGAAGCUAAUUUCAAAGGUGGCAAAGUUGGGUUUAGUUGGACCAGUUAUGCCAGAAUUGACCAGAUUUAUGAUUGGCUUAUUAUGCUAAGCAGUCAGUAUCCUCGCAUAGUCACAGUUAUCGAAGGAGGAAGAACUUCUGAAGGUAGAAGAAUAUUGGGAGUAAAAUUAUCCUUCCAGCCAGGCAACGAAAGAAGAGGUGUAUGGCUGGACUCUUUGAUUCACGCCAGAGAAUGGAUUGCUGGAGCCACCACUACUUUUAUUUUGAACGAAUUACUAACAAGUACCGAUCCAGGUGUAAGAGAAGUAGCCGACAAUCAUGAUUGGUACAUUUUCCCGGUAAUCAACCCAGAUGGGUAUGAAUAUACCCACACCACUAAUCGACUUUGGCGUAAAACCAGGAAACAAUACGGCGUGGUAUGCUACGGAGCUGAUCCAAACCGAAACUGGGGCUUCAGAUGGAACACUGGUGGAUCAAGUAGCCAGCCCUGCAGCGACACCUAUGCCGGACCAAAUUCGUUUUCGGAAAUCGAAACUGACACCUUAUCUCGCUAUUUGCGAAGCAUUGGCCAAAAUAUAGUCGCUUACAUCAGUUUCCAUUCUUAUUCGCAGAUGAUUCUUUUGCCAUAUGGACACACGGCGCGACAUUUGGACAAUUACAAUCAAGUUCGUGGUAUUGGACUUAGAGGAGCUCAAUCUCUAGCUAAACGAUAUGGAACACAAUACGUAGUUGGAAAUGUAGCAGAAACUAUUUAUGUAGCUACUGGUUCCAGUAUGGAUUGGGUCAAAGAUACCUUGAAAGUACCAGUAGCGUUGACUUAUGAACUUCGGGAUAAGGGAAAUAACGGUUUUCUUUUGCCAGCUGAUCAAAUUAUACCAAGCGGCUUGGAAACAUUGGACUCGCUAGUGACUAUUUUACUACAAACUGAUCGUUUGUUGUUAAACAGAAACAGAACUGUUGUUUAAAUCGUUAAUUAAGAAUAAAAUGUUAAUUAUUAUGCUUGUCUUUAUUGUAAUAUAUUAAUAAAUAAUAAAUGUCGACGAACAACCUGACAUUGCCAUUUGAAGAACCCAGAAGAACCACACAAUUUAGUUUAUAAAGAUAUUUUUAUGGAAUCAACCAGAUCUAUGGUUAAAAUACAUUCAUAAAAUGCAUUCUGAAAAAUAUAAAUUUUAUUUAGCAAUGGCACAUUUAUUUAUGAUCAAUAUAUUAAUGACAAGCCAACUAUUGUUGACAAUAAUAAUUACAAUAAAAAAAACUCCUCUAGAAAUACCUUGUCAACUAUUUUUUCCAUUUUAUUAUGAACUGAACGGGAUUUAGAGCUGGCAUAUUUAAAACAGAAGUUGAGUGGACAAGUUGAGCUUCAAAGGCCAAAUAAGACAGAGAGGGAUUUGGAGGAUUAGAACAUGACUGAAUAAUAAAAUGGCUCGCAUUACAAGAAAAAUGAAAUUAUAAUGACUAAUAUUGCAUAUCCAACGCAAUUAUUAUUCCUAAUUUGUUUAAUUAUUCUUAUAUAUUAUUCUUAUAACAUGCUUUGUCUAUAAAAUUUAUAUAAAUUUUUCUAUGACAAUAAAGCAUAUAUCUCUGUCUCUCUCUUUCAAGCGACGUUGAAUUCCGUGCAAGUACACUUAAAGUUUGUAAUGUUUUGAAGCCCUAACAGAACUGGGCAGUAAAACGUAACUAACAGCCUAGGUAUUAAGCCACAAAGGACAUAAGAGCAAAGAAGAAGCUGAUUUACUAAGCCGAGAACAAGCCUUAAAGGCUCUUAUUGCCCAGAACGCUACUCUGAUGGCACAAAGAUAACUAUCAUAACAUGUUCAAAGCACUUGAUGUUAAACAAAUCUCAAGACCGGUGAAACAAUCCACCAGAAUUUUUUAAUAUACUAAUUCUUAUCAUUUAAAAGUUUAUCAAGAGGUACUUAACAAUAUCAGGAAAAACAAUUUUUUUUUUUAAUAUUUAAAUCUAAC